GUGACGUAGAGUCCAAGAUGGCGGCUCCCCUUUCCACGAUGAAAUUUUGGAAGCCGGGGUCUGAGGCGCCGGGAAUCUCCGAGGAACGCGAGCUCAACUCCGAGACCACAGGCUCCCCCAUCAUCUUCAACCCGCACACCGCCCUCUCCAUCGAGAAACAACGACAGAAACUUCCCGUUUUCAAGCACAGAAACAACAUCUUAUAUUUGGUGGAGAGCUACCAGACUGUCAUCAUAGUUGGGGAGACAGGAUGUGGGAAGACAACACAGAUACCUCAGUACCUACUGGAGGCCGGCUGGGCAGCAGAGGGGAAGGUGAUUGGAGUGACACAGCCCCGACGUGUGGCUGCUAUCUCUGUAGCUAACCGUUUGGCAGAGGAGCGGGGGGCCUUGCUGGGUCAUGAGGUGGGCUACACCAUCCGAUUUGAUGACUGCUCUGAUCCCCAUGCCACAAGGAUCAAGUUCCUUACAGAUGGCAUGCUGGUCCGGGAGAUGAUGUCUGACCCUCUUCUGAAAAAAUACAGUGUGUUGAUGCUGGAUGAAGCACACGAGAGAACCCUGUACACAGACAUAGCCAUUGGUCUCCUUAAAAAGAUUCAGAAAAAGCGCCGAGACCUGCGGCUGAUCGUGGCCUCUGCCACUCUGGAUGCCAAGAAAUUUCAUGACUUCUUCAAUCUGAAUGAGUCUGGGGAUCCAAACAAGGACACGUGUGGAAUUCUGACAGUUGAGGGACGCACCUUUCCAGUGGACGUCUUUUACACUGUCAGUCCUGUCCCAGACUAUGUGAAGGCCACAGUGGAGACGGUGAUGAAGAUCCAUGAGACAGAGGAUGACGGAGAUGUCCUGGCAUUUUUAACAGGGCAGGAAGAGGUGGAGAAAGUGGUGUCCUUACUUCAGGAGCAGGCCAGGACUCUGUCACGAUACGGCAUGAAGAAACACCUAAGAAUUUUGCCCAUGUACUCUGGUCUACCUUACGCUGAGCAGAUGAAGGUCUUUGAGCGGGCCCCAACAUCUGUCCGCAAGAUCGUGGUGGCCACCAACAUUGCAGAGACCUCCAUCACUAUAAACGGAGUUGUGUUUGUCAUCGACUGUGCGUUUGUGAAGCUUCGAGCCUAUAAUCCCAGCACUGCCAUCGAAUCUCUGGUGAUAACUCCAAUCUCCAAGGCUUCAGCCAGCCAGAGGGCAGGCAGGGCUGGGCGAAACCGACCUGGGAAAUGCUUUAGACUGUACACGGAGGAGGACUUUGAGAAACUGCCUGCCUCGACUGUGCCAGAGAUGCAGCGCACCAAUUUGGCCCCUGUCAUCCUGCAGCUCAAAGCGUUAGGCAUCGACAACGUGCUGCGGUUCAGCUUCCUUUCUCCUCCCCCUGCUCAGACCAUGGUGCAGGCUCUAGAGCUUCUUUACGCUCUUGGAGGUCUGGACCAUUACGGGCGUUUGACUGAUCCCAUGGGGGUGCGGAUGGCAGAGUUUCCUCUCAGCCCCAUGUUUGCCAAGAUGCUCCUAGAGUCUGGAAACUUUGGCUGCUCCAAAGAGAUUGUCACCAUUGCGGCAAUGAUGCAGAUUCAGAACAUAUUUGUUGUGCCGCCCAAUCAGAAGAAAGCUGCUGCCCGAGAACACAGGAAAUUUGCAGUUGCUGAGGGAGACCACCUCACAAUGCUGAAUGUGUAUGAAGCAUUCAUUAAGCACCAGAAGAGCUCCCAGUGGUGUCAGGAACACUUCCUCAACUAUAAGGGCCUGCUGCGGGCUGUGACUGUACGAGAGCAGCUCCGGCGACUCAUGAACAAGUUUAAGGUUCCGCGGACUUCCAGUGAAGGUGACCCUGAUGUGAUCUUGAAGUGCAUUGUAUUUGGGUUUUUUGCAAACGCAGCCCGCAUUCACCACUCUGGUUCCUACAGGACUUUACGAGAUGACCGUGAGCUUCAAAUCCACCCUAACUCUGUGCUAUUUGGAGAGAAGCCUCCAAAAUGGGUUGUUUUCAAUGAAGUGGUGCAGACAGCAAAGUACUACAUGCGUGAUGUGACUGCUGUUGAGUCGUCCUGGUUGGUUGAGCUGGCCCCUCACUUUUACAAGCAGGCCAAGCAUGGUUCGCUGGCCAGCAAGAGAUCGCGGGUCCUCUGAAUGUUGCCCUCCUCACACCACUUGAAGACGGAGAGAUUCAUUAUAUGAAGAGGAGAAACUCCCUCUCAAAUUGCCACUGUGCCCCUCUCCAUGUCACUGUAUAUAAAGAUGUAAAAUAUUUAUUGUCCAUGUCCACCUGCACAACCCCAUCACACUAUGUAGCCAUGCUAGAAUGGGAUUAAGUGGAUACAUUUGUGGUGUUGAUGUUAACACGUGAGACUUGCUUCAUUUGAAAGCGCCUGUCUUAUUUUGAUAUAGUUCAUAUUUCGAUCUAUGAAAGUAAAUGGUUAUGAAUGUGAAAUGAGACCAGGUCCAGCCUUGUCUUGUGUUCUUUCCAGUAUAGUCAUGUAGUUCACUUCAGUCAUUCUUGUAUAUAGUCAGAGCAGGCUCAGGUCCAGGGAACGGUCUGUGCCACAGGCCCGUCCAUACCUGGUUCUUGGCUUUAUUAUUUUUUUAAUUGCUGUAUUUUUCCUGUGCAUGAUAAAUAAUGGAAGAUAAUGGACUGUGAGGAUGUUUCCUUUUUGAGAGACUUGAUGUAUGGGUUCAUUUGUUUCUAACACACUGUGGGAACCUUUUUUGUUUUAAUUCACUUUUGUUUCAAUUUAGUUUUAAUAACUUCAACUUUGUUUUAUACAUAGAGUAUUUGGAUAUGUAUCUUUUUCUGGAAUUUGGUGCAGAAGGAAACACAUUGCUUUAUUUUUUUCAGUCAACCUCAGAUCCUAGGUCUAAUAAUGAUACUGUGAAGACUGCUUUAUUUAUUGAUCCUUGUUUUCCACCCUGUAAUGCCACUUUACUACCGUCUAGCUCAGACAUAGUGGCCUUGUCACCACUCUGUGCCAAUUUUCUUUAUCAGCCUAUUUCGCAUUUCCUUUUCAGAUGGAAUGUGUAAAUGCACCCAAGCAUUUAAAAAAGUAAAGCUGUGAAAUCAAAAGUAAAAAGUGCCAUUUGUUCCUGUUAUUAUAAAGUGCAUUUAGACAUGCAUCCAAAGCCUCAAAGAAACUGUAGCAUUUAUUGGAUUUCAGCCAUCUCUUUGCCUUUCCUCUAGUGGAUUCUCUCAGUUUUGAGCAAGGCUUUUUUGUACUUCUUUUGUUUUACCAUCAACCUCAUCUACAAGGUGUUCAGGAAAUUAGCCAUUUAUUUGUGAUUCCAUUACGAAAUUGAUAGCACGUGUCCUUAAUUUCCACUUUCGUUGAUUUUUUUUUUUACUUAAAGUUUUGUUUUUCUUCAGAGGUAUUUGGCCCUGAAAGUGUCGGUGAGCAGUAUAUUAAAGGUUUUGUCAUUUUAAUCUGCUUUCAAAUCAGUAAGAUCACUGUUACACAAUUUUACUUCUGCCUGCAUGGUUAUUAGUAGAUCUUGUUCUUCACAUUGCUACUGUAGAUUCAGUGAAACUGUAACGAAACAACAGAACAGCAUAGAGUAGAUAAUAAAACCAAAUCAAAUGAGACAGAUAUUCAAGUUAGGUACCUUUGCAUGCUAAAAGGUACUCAGAUGUAGACACCCAAGAUCACCUUGUAGACUAAAUGCAAAUGAAACAUUUGCAAAAUGGCUUGUUUAUCCUCAUUUGUGCUGAUACUCUUGAGUCUGUAUGCAGCCAAAGCAGUAACCUGUAGACCUGUGUAAUGCUAACCUCUGAGAUAAAAACUGUCACCUGCCAUUUCUUCCUCACAUCCUCAAAUAAAGCCUUAUUGUCAUGCACUGA